AAUGUAGAACUUUAAUAAUGUUAUUGAUUAUCUAAAGGGAGAAGUAUUGGAUAGAGAGGAGGAGUGGAAAAAAGAAAGACAAGAAUAUUAAGUAAUUAUUAUUUUGAUAUGAAACAGACUGCAAUAAUUGAAUUGAAGGGAUAAUUGGAAGAGUAGAGGAAUCUGAACAAAUAACUCAUAGAAAGGCUUGAAAAAUUAGAAUAAUUUAAGGUUUAAUUAAAACCAAUAGCAGAUAAUAUAAAGCUGCAAACUAAAAAAAAAUUUCAUCAUCGUGUAAAAAGUGAUAAUGGUACAUUUUUAAAAAGUGAAAUGAAUGAUUAAAAGUUAAUAACUCAACCAAAUAUUGAGAAAAUAUUAUAGAAGGAUAAGAAACCUCUUCUACAAAAGUAAUUAAUAUAAUAAAUUUAGCUUUCUUAAAGAAUUGAAAAAUGAAGAGUUUCAAGAAGAUUAAGUUUAAAAUUAAAUAUAAAUUCAUUCACCUAUAAAUUUAUAGUUACUCUAAAGUGCAAAAAUAAAUUAAAUUUUAAUAAAUCAGAAUACUUAUAAUACAUGUUCAUAAAGAUAAAAACAUCAUCAUCAAAGAAGUAAUAGUAAUGGAGCUUCAGAAUUACUUAACUUUGCAUUAUAAAGGAAAAAACAAACUCUAGAAACAAGCUAAAAUGAAUUAAAUAGUAUGAGUAUGACAGAGAGAGAAAUAAUUGUUGGAAAAGAGAUCUUCUCAACAAAAGGACAAUUAAGAAGUCAUUUGGAUGGAGUAAGAUCAAUCUUAUUUUAAAAUAAUUAUAUAGUAACAGCUUCUGAAGAUUGUACAAUAAAAUUAUGGAAUAUUAAUGAUAUUUAAUAAAUGAAUGCAUAGACUCAUUUAGAACCUAUCUAAACUAUUAGAUGUAAAUUAAAUAAUAUAUAUUAUAUAAAUAGAACAUGAUCGACCAAUAUUUACAAUGACUUCAUAUUAUAAGUCUCCUCAAAUACAUUUGUAUUCUGCAGGAGUUGAUGGAACUAUAAGAACAUAUAUAGUAACAACAAAUUAAUGUUUUUCUUGGAGAGCUCAUACAGAUGUUAUAUGGUCUUUGAAACAUCAUCCUCAUGAUUAAAGAUUGUUAUCAUCUUCUGCAGAUGGAUCUGUAAAGAUGUGGAAAUCUCUUGGUGUUUGUUAUUAAUAUGAUUUAAUAAGAAAAGGGAAUUUAAAUUUAGAAAUGUUGUAAAAUCCUUUAGCUAAUUUUACAUUCAAGAAAUCAAUGACUGGAUUAUCCAUACCAACAGCUAUUGAAUGGAUUUGUAAAGGAUUUAAUGAAAAUAUCAUUUGUGGAUAUAGUGAUACAUUAACAUUCAUUGUAUAUGAUGUUACUACUGUUAAAGCAAUUUAAUAAAUUAGAUUUGAUCUUGACAAUUAAUUUAAUGCCUUUGCUUAACCAAAUAAAAUUCUAUUUAAUAAUGAACUUAAAUACAUUGUUUCUGGUCAUGAUGAUAAUAAAAUUAGAUUUUUUGAUUUGAAUUCAAGCAAAGUUUGUAAAACUCUAAUUGGCCAUACAGAUGCUGUCACUGAUUUAUGUUUAUUCUCAAAGAAUAUAUAUCAAUUAGCAAGUGUGAGUCAUGAUGGAAGUAUGAGAACAUGGGAUAUUCGAAAAUUCUAAUGUUUACAUGAAAUACCAGUAAAUAUAUUAAUUCAUUAAUUUAGGCACAUAAAUAAAAGUAUGAUGAAGGAAUCUAUACAAUAGCAAGUAAUAAUUAAUUUGUUGCAACAGGUGGAGCUGAUGGAAUAGUUAAAAUAUUUAAUCACCAAGAUGUUAUAUGA